CGUGUGGCGUGCGUCGGCGUCGCGGUCAGCAGAGGGAUUCUGGGUAACGGCCCCGGCCCCCUGGGGCGGCUGGCUCCGCGCAGCAAGUUCCACUCUCGCCAAGUCCGUUGGCAGUGGCAGUUGUAGGGUCGAGGGCAGCCGGACAUGGAGCAGCCGUGGCCGCCGCCAGGACCUUGGAGCCUCCCUCGGGUCGAGAGGGAGGCUGAGGAAGAGAGUGACUUGGACGUGUCCCCCGGUUCUCCCCGCUGCCCGCAGCUGCCAGGCGGCGGCGCCCAGAUGUAUAGCCAUGGAAUUGAACUGGCUUGCCAAAAGCAGAAGGAGUUUGUGAAGAGCUCUGUGGCGUGCAAAUGGAAUCUUGCUGAAGCUCAGCAGAAACUUGGUAGCUUAGCACUGCAUAACUCUGAGUCCUUGGAUCAGGAACAUGCCAAAGCACAAACAGCAGUAUCAGAACUGAGGCAACGGGAAGAAGAAUGGCGACAGAAAGAAGAGGCUCUAGUACAAAGAGAGAGAAUGUGUCUGUGGAAUGUGGAUGCCAUUAGCAAGGAUGUUUUUAAUAAGAGUUUUAUUAAUCAAGAUAAAAGAAAAGAAACAGAAGAUGAAGAUAAAUCAAAAUCAUUUAUGCAGAAAUAUGAGCAAAAAAUCAGACAUUUUGGUAUGUUGAGUCGAUGGGAUGAUAGUCAGAGAUUUUUGUCUGACCAUCCAUACCUUGUAUGUGAAGAAACUGCUAAAUAUCUUAUUUUAUGGUGUUUUCAUCUAGAAGCUGAACAGAAAAGGGCUCUAAUGGAACAAAUAGCACAUCAAGCUGUUGUAAUGCAGUUUAUUAUGGAAAUGGCCAAAAACUGUAAUGUGGAUCCAAGAGGGUGUUUUCGUUUAUUUUUCCAGAAAGCCAAAGCAGAGGAAGAGGGUUAUUUUGAAGCAUUCAAAAAUGAACUUGAAGCUUUCAAGUCAAGAGUCAGACUUUAUUCUCAAUCACCAAGUUUUCAGCCUAUGACAGUUCAGAAUCAUGUUCCCCAUUCUGGUAUUGAAUCUAUAGGUUUAUUAGAAUCCUUACCACAGAAUCCAGAUUAUCUUCAGUAUUCUAUCAGUACAGCUCUCUGCAGUUUAAACUCAGUGGUACAUAAAGAAGAAGAUGAACCCAAAAUGAUGGACACUGUAUAAUUUGGUUAAGACUGCUGAGGCCAAGUGCUAUUUUGUUACAAGAAAGGAAGAACUUGGCUAUUUUCUUGACACUUUUAUGGGUGCUGCACUUUAUUUUGUUCUGUUUUUGAUGGGAGGGAAAAAAAAGUACUGAAACGUUUUGUAACAUUUUUUUUUAUGUGCUGCUAGGUUUUUUUGUUUUGUUUUCCUGAAGAGAGGAGUGGUACCAUAUGUUGCAGGACGUCAAACUGGACUUUUUUUUUUGCUACUAAAUUUGCCUUUAAUCUUAUUGUUCUCAAUUUUGGAAUCAAAGUAUGAAAAUCUGCACAAAUGCAAUGUUUACAAGAACUGGUUGAUUCUAGGAGGCAUCUGCUACAGUCUCUUUUUAUAUAGAUAUGUACAUGUCCUACUCUAAAAAUGAUUAAAGAUAAAAAUGUACUUGUAUCCUACUGCUAAUUUAGCUGUCAAAUGUGGUGUUUCAUCAUAUUAAAAGCAAUAAAUCAGUA